CCCCCUCCCUCCCAUUGUAAAGUGCAGAUCUUCUGCUCGAGCUCGGGAUGUUGAAACGCCACAGUGGGGUUGACAGCGCUCAGGACCAGAGGUGACGCUGUUACGCACCAACUUUCACUUUUAUCCAGGACGCCCUCCUGUUCCCUGUUCCCCGUUCCCAUGGUGGGUGCAGUGGGUAGAGAAGAACAGCCGGCUGAGUGAAUGUCACCUCCUUGCACCAUGGAUUACGGAAGGACUAUGGCUCCUCCAGUGCCGCCGCACAACACCAACCCUGACCGGCCUGGAAACGCUCAGGGGCGGCUGCUGAAGUGCGUCCUGCUCGGUGACGGAGCGGUGGGGAAAACCAGCCUGGUGGUCAGCUACACGACGAACGGUUACCCGACCAAAUAUGUCCCGACUGCGUUUGAUGACUUUUCAGCUGUGGUUCAGGUGGAUGGGAACCCGGUGAGACUGCAGCUGUGUGACACUGCAGGUCAGGACGAGUUCGACAAACUGCGACACUUCUGCUACAGUCGGACCGACGCCCUGCUGCUCUGCUUCAGCGUCGUCAGCCCCGCGUCCUUUCAAAACGUCUGGGAGAAAUGGGUCCCUGAGAUCCGACGGCGCUGCCCGCUGACUCCCAUCCUCCUGGUGGGCACCCAGUGUGACCUGCGCCAGGACGUCAAAGUGCUGAUCGAGCUGGCGAGGCGAAGAGAGAGCCCCGUGCUGGAGGAGGACGCCAGAGCGCUGGCGGAGAAAAUGGGCGCGGUGACGUACGUCGAGUGCUCGGCACUGACGCAAAAGAACCUCAAGGAGGUGUUUGACGCAGCCAUCGCCGUCGGCCUCCGGCACUCUGACAGGAGGGCGCGGCGGGAGCGGAAGGUCCGCAGCACGGCUGACAAGAUGAAGAUGCUCUCCAAGUCGUGGUGGAAGAAGUACGUGUGUGUCCAGUAGGAGGAGAGGAGAGAGACUGUCCUGUGACUGAGAAUCAAACUGGAACCGCCGAUGAAUUUGUGUCCAUGGACUUGAACGGCCUUCACUCGGACGAUCCUCCGGAUGUGCUGGUCUCAUUAGACGGCAGAUCAGAGGCGGGGUUGACGCCCCUGAAGGUGAUCCAGCCCAGGUUCCCACUCUGACCUGGACGACUGAGAUCGUCACAGUAAAACUGUGUUGACUGUAACCAGCGUUAUACCAAAAGUUCUGGAGCUAAUCAACUUUUAUGGCACAUGGACUGCAUAUCAUACAGACUGAACUUGUCCAAAGGUAAUGUGAGCCGACUUGGAAGGGAGGCGUUCAGGCGCUGACAUUAUGACCUAAAGAGUAUAUUCCUCCUUUUUCUCGAUUUUCCUUCAAGAAAUUGUACUAUUUUUAUAUGUGUUCUACUGUAAUUCAACACCAAACACUUUGCAAUUCCAGCCAGAGCUCCGACAGUCUUUCAAUGAAAAUCAUUGUCAGCACCGUGCCUUUUUUUUUAUUUCAAUCAAAUGUACACCAGGCUGUGAAGUGCGCCCAUUUGUCGCAUUAGUCUGACCUUUGACCUCUGUUAAAACUAUACGAGCCACAGAAGGAAUUUCUCCUGCUUUCAAAUUGUUGCUUCAGCUGUCACACGCACUCGUAGCUAAUCACCAACUUUGGAAAGAAAAAAAAAACCUGGCUAACGCACGUCCGCUCUGGUGAGUUAACUUUCACACACACACUGCAGAUAAUGUGUUCCACGGUUGUAAAAAUCGACUAUAUUUUUACGUGGAGAGAUUCGGAAAAAACACGGCCAAAGUCUUGCCAUUCAAUGGCCUUUGGACCACGGUGAAGCCGCCGCUCCGGACGAGGGUUUGAUCACUGUCAGUGAACAGAGAAAUCACAGCUCCGCACUAAAUCACAAGGUUUAAAUAAUCCCAGGAUCUUAUCAUCUGUCUUUGUUUUUUUUCUCGAGUCUAUCUCACCACCAAAGAGACCGAUUUGCUUCUCAUUUUUCAGAAGCCGGUCGUUCAGCUCCGUGUAUUUAUCUGUGUCACUCUGGGCCAAUGAGCGAUCAACAGCAGAUUGAUGAAAACAUGACGUCGUCCUUAUGUAUGUUACAUAGUAAUCAUUUACCAUGUUUUUUUAAAGUCAACUUUUCGACCUUGCUGUCCAACUUUAAAUGGUACUCAGUGGUAUGAGUGUUUCAUUUUCAUGGGGUCCCAUCGUGGUAUGAAAUCGAUUUUUUUUUCUGAGCUGUACGAGCAGGGAAGAAAAAAUAAAAUGUGAAAAAUUACAG